GUUAUAUCAAACAUGGUGGUGCAUGGUUGGCGGCUUCCACAAUCUCGGCAAGACAAUUUGGUAAUAGAUACAUGGAGAGAUAGCAAUAGCAUUCCUGCCAUUGUAGGCCUGCUCGAAUCUUCUACGAAACUGAACACAUUGGUCAUACAGUGCUGUGACUCUUGUGAGGAAUCUGUCACGGCCCAAGGACCAGUGGCGAGGGAUGAUUUAGUUUGUGAUUUGUUGCAUUUGAAGGUUGUUCAUUUCGUAGGCUAUGCAAAUCCUUAUCUUGCCGGCGAGCCAAUGCUAACGGUGGCUCGAAUCUUGCUUAAGAGAGCUACGGCUUUGGAGAAGAUGGUGAUCGAUUAUGACAAAGAUUUGACUAAUUUCCCUUCAGAUGUUCCCCAGAUAGUUCAAACGGUGCUUAGUUAUCCAAGAUCUUCUGAAAAAGCCAUAGUUGUUCUCCACGAAUGAUCUCAGGAAAAAAGACCAUACUCAUUCUCCAAUGAAGUUCAUUUGUUUACUGCUGCAUUUUGGUUUAAAGUUCAAGAUUUUAAAACUACUUCAUAGUUUUAUACUGACCUGAACUCUUAUUUAUUUUGAUUGUCUUAAAAAACUUAGUUGGUUAUAAAAGACUGCCAUAAUUGUGCUAGUUUUAACCUUGUCGUUUAAUUCGUUAACAAAUACUACGUAGCUUUCUAAGUAUGCUGUUACUGUAUUUCUUUCUUUAAGACUGAAUAACGUAAUAUUAAUUAGGUUCUAAUAGCUUU